UGUAAAAUAAAAUAAAAACAAAAAAAUAAAUAAUCAAACAAAUUAGCUUACGUAUUUUAGCAACAAAUCGAAACAGACCAUACACACCAAUUCGAUAUUAUUUGCAAAGCUAGUGUAAAAUCGUUGAAAUUUGAGAGCCAAUGUAUACUUCAUACCAACUGCGCAUAAUCGCUAUUCUUCUCUGUCUCGCUACCUUAUUCAGCAAUGCGCACCCGUUCACCAUAUGAGUAUAUACUGUGACAUAUGUAGCUGCAGUUAAAGAAUUUCGUGCUGCUGUCAGAUUUUCCAAUUGACAAGCGCGGUGCCAAUUUCUGUCCAAGUUUUUGUGUAUUCUCUCUCUGUUAUAAAAUUGUGUAUUUUUCUAUAAGAUUUUCUUCAACGAAUACGCGAUUAAAUUGUUUAUUAACAAAUAUUGCCAUGACAUACGUGUAAAAAUGUAAGGAAACUUGGAGAUGUACAACUAAAUAUUUGGCUAAUAUAAACAGUCGAAAAAAGUUACUACAGCAAGCGGUAGACAGGCAAUCAACCAACCAAACGUCUUUGGUGACAGAUUGAAAAUCGAUUUUUUCAUGCCAGAUUCAUACAAAAUUUUCGCUGCUCAUCUAUAGGACGUCGCUAAAAGUGCGUCCAGUAAAAAUAAAAACACUUCUCUGCACCCGGCUAAUAAUGGAAAACUAGCGUUAAGUUAAAAAGUUCACAAAAAACUGCAACCAAAUAAAAUAAGUUUAGCAAAGUAGCACCAACAACAUUUUGACUAAAAUCACAGUAGCACAGAAUCAAUUGCGUUUGCAACAUUUGUGGCUAAAUCAAUAAUCCAACAUUUCUACACCCGAGCCACGCAUAACAACAAAAUCGAAACAGACAGACGUUGCAUUUGCAAUUUUUUCGGUGUUUCAAAGAAAUUCGUCAAACAAAGCAUCCAAACCCAAAUCAAAUAGAGAUACAUCAUCGUAGAUCAAGUCAACCCAUAUUUAUUUGCAACGAAAAAUGAACGUGUGAAUUGAAAACAACAACUUUAAAACACCAAAAACUUUAUAACCGAAGAGUAAAAAAUACAACAAAAAAAAAAUAAACCAAAAGCAAUGAGUUCCCGACAUUACACCAUCGAAGUGGGGGAUACGAAUUUCACAAUUCUUAAUCGGUAUACAAAUUUGAAACCGAUCGGUUCGGGCGCUCAAGGCAUAGUAUGUGCCGCCUACGAUACGGUGACCGAGCAAAAUGUUGCCAUUAAAAAAUUAUCACGACCAUUCCAAAAUGUAACACAUGCCAAGCGGGCUUAUAGAGAGUUUAAGUUAAUGAAGCUAGUAAACCAUAAGAAUAUUAUUGGUUUACUUAAUGCAUUUACACCACAACGUAGCUUGGAAGAAUUUCAAGAUGUUUACCUUGUUAUGGAGCUCAUGGAUGCAAAUCUAUGUCAAGUCAUACAAAUGGAUUUGGAUCAUGAUCGUAUGUCAUAUUUAUUAUAUCAAAUGUUAUGCGGUAUAAAGCAUUUACACCUAGCCGGCAUUAUACAUAGAGACUUGAAGCCAUCAAAUAUUGUCGUUAAAGCCGAUUGCACAUUAAAAAUUUUAGAUUUCGGUUUGGCACGUACAGCCGGUACAACAUUCAUGAUGACACCAUAUGUUGUUACACGUUAUUAUCGUGCACCCGAAGUUAUUUUGGGUAUGGGCUAUACCGAAAAUGUAGAUAUUUGGUCUGUGGGCUGUAUUAUGGGUGAAAUGAUAAGGGGUGGUGUUCUAUUUCCCGGCACUGAUCAUAUUGAUCAAUGGAAUAAAAUUAUUGAACAAUUGGGUACUCCGUCUACAUCAUUUAUGCAGCGUUUGCAACCAACUGUCCGUAAUUAUGUCGAAAAUCGACCACGUUAUUCGGGUUAUUCAUUCGAUCGUCUAUUCCCCGAUGUACUCUUUCCAAAUGAUAAUAAUGAACAAAGUCGACGAAAGGCAUCGGAAGCACGUGAUUUACUUAGUCGUAUGCUAGUGAUUGAUCCCGAACAACGUAUUUCGGUUGAGCAAGCACUAUUACAUAGUUAUAUAAAUGUUUGGUAUGAUGCUGAAGAGGUUAAUGCACCAGCACCGGAACCAUAUGAUCAUAGCGUUGAUGAACGGGAACAUACCGUCGAACAAUGGAAGCGACUUAUCUAUGAAGAAGUUAUGGAUUAUGAGGCGCACAAUACCAAUGCGCCCGUAAAUACUACACGGUAGACCCUGAAUUAAUUAAGGCAUGGCAUACUAAUGCUUCUGAGCAACUCUUAAUGUAUAUAAAAUAUAAGAACAAUAAAAGCAUUAAUACUUUCAAAAUAAUAAAGUAAAACAAAAUAAAAAAAUAUAUAUAAAUAAAGUAAAUAAACAUAAAAUAUUAGAGAUCAGCUUGUUUCGCCUCUCAAUAACAAAACGAUUCAAAAUAUAUGUUAUUAUUUUGCAAAAGUGCAUAACAAAAGCGGAAAGUGAUUUUUUUCUAGUAAAGAUAUGAUAUUAAAUUUGAAAUGGCGAAUGUAAUGAAAAGAGUACAAUACAUACAUAAAUACAUAUUUCUAACAAGUGUUUGCUACAUAAAAAAAAUAUAAUUACGAGUAUCACAAAAAAAAAAAAAGAAAAUGGAAAAAAUUAUGGCCAGAACGUAGUAAGUGUAAUACUUUAUUGAAUAAUAAAUAAAUAAAUAUCCCCGAUAACUUAAACAUACAAGCGCAGCAUAAGCUAUUUAUUGGGCACAUGGCAAAGAAAGUGGGGAUAAUUUGAAAAUAACAGCAAAACAAGAAAAAACAUUAACUGCGGUUGAUAGUUGAUCUAACUGAAAAACAACGGUAUUACAAUUUUCGUUUUUUUAGGUAUCGAACAUUGUUAACUAUGAAAAAAAAAAUUCUAUAGAUAUAUAUAGAUCGAACCAGUCUACCAAUAUGUGUACAUAUAAAUAUAUUUCCUUUCUAAUUGAUUAGCUAUUAAAAUACGUUUAUAAGUAGUAUGCUUAACUAUUGUGUUUAUUAAAUUAGGUCGUAGAAACGUAGUAUAUAGUUUACAUAUCAUAAAUAUGUAUGCGCGUAUACCCAUUUCUAACUAGCUUUUUGUUUGUGGAUCUAUUUUUAGAACAAAACGUAGACAUCGUAGAGAAUUUUAAAUUAUGCAGUAGAAAAUUUUUAGCAGCAGUCGUAGUCGAACUACUUUUGUAUGUAAAUAUGUUUGCGAGAUGCAUUGAAGUGGAAGAGAAAUUAUACACAAGAUUAGUGUAGAUUAUUGGAGGGUGAGUUUUGUAAUAAAUAUACCGUUGCACAUAUACAUAUUUACAUGUUUAGUAUGUUAAACUCAAUUGCCUGUAUUCAUGAGGUAUAGUAUCUUGUAUGUGUAUUUUGAGCACAAAAAAAGAAUAUUACAAAUAAUAAAAUAAUUUAGAUUUACUACAUA